CUGUUGAUCUUUUAGGUUGCUCUUUCUAAUAUGGAUAAUGGCUUUAUUCGCAUUAACGGGGAUGAAUGUGCCGAUGUAUAACGCGAUACGACGAUGCAUUCCAUUCGCAAGCAUGGUGCUUGGAUACAUUGUGUUUGUAAAGAAGCCAAGCGCGCUUGUGUUUACGUCAAUCAUGGUGGUGACAUCUGGAACAGCUAUUGCAGCCUUUGGAGACCUUCAGUUUGACUUAAAAUCAUAUUUAUACGGCAUAUCAAGUGUUUUGUUGAUGGGACUUCACCUUAUUGUACUACAAUAUAAUGGAACGAAGAAAAAGCUUUCGGCGUUAAACCAGUUGUAUGUUAACAGCAUUAACUGUAUACCUAUAUUUGGGAUCUUAUUUGCAGUAAACUUUCAUAAGUUAAUGGAGUACGAACAUCUAUCCGAAGCUCAAUUCAUCAUAAGUUUCAUGGCUGUGACCGGAUGUGGUUGUUUGCUCAACUACACCAUGUUCUUAUGCACCACAACCAACUCAGCGCUCACCACAACAUGUGUUGGGGUCAUCAAGUCCGGCUUCACCACAGUUAUCGGUAUGUUUCUGCUGGGCGGGGUGGAGCCGACGGUUUAUUUCAUUACGGGGCAAAUCAUCAACUUUAGUGGGGGGAUGUUAUAUUCGUACGCCAAAUAUCGCGAAAACAUUGUUUUGCUUUAUAAACCACAAACUAAUGGUGCGUGAUGACCAUUGUUUUAAUGAAGGAAUUAUAUUUGUAGGAAAUUGCACUUUUUGUUUUUACUAUUUAUGCACAAUAGCCCCACCCAGUGGGGGCUUAAAAAAUACAGAUUUUGCAGAAAAUA